CGAACAAAAUUCACAUCCACACACACACACACCAUCAACAAGGCAGCGAGACGAGGACCCAUUGGAGGUUGGGUUGGAAAAGAGAAGAAAGUGGUUUUGUGCCACCAAACUGAAUUGCUCCGACCCGGUCGCGGCUGUCAAUCCCUCCCGGAUUCGCACUGGAAUCUGGUCCAUCGCGGCGGGGCCGGGACUGGGUCAGCUCCAGGUUCAAAUGGCUGGACGGGAUUCAACAACAUCGCUAAAGGGAGCGAUGGGCCAAUCAAGGAUCGCAGCGACGGGGGAAGGAAUGUCAGAUUUCCGCCUUCUCCGUCUGUAUGAGAGUGGAGCCCGAGAGAUGGAGCCCGAAGCCCGUGAGGAACAAGGCAACCCGGUUACACAGGCUGGAUGCCAUUGGCAUCACAUAAUUUAUGAGUCGGUUCAUAUCGUGUGGAUGAUUUGUGAUCGAACAACUUAUGUACCCAUUGACAACUAUGCAAACAAAAAGAUGUGUUUUGAACAGCAAGGAAGGGAUGAAAGAAAUCAAAGUCCAGAUAAAACAUGUGCCCCAACCAACUCCACGCGCUUUAAGGACAGUCACGCUUAUAGAUGAGAUAUGACCAAUGAUAAAUGGCUAGAGAAAAAAAAUGCAACUUCAGGAAGAGACGGAGAUGGAAACAAAACAAAGGAGUAUCCCGGUGGUAU